AGCAGCGUCCUUCAGGGCAGGAAGCUGCACAAGCAUUGAUUUAUGCUGGGAUGGCAGGGUCCAACUUGGAAAAUAUUCAAGAAAAAAUAAAUGAGUACUUGGAGAGAGUUCAAGCUCUCCAUUCAGCAGUCCAGUUGCAGAACACAGACCCUCUGAAGUCAAAACAACAGUUGGACUUGGAGCGUGCUCACUUCCUAGUUACACAGGCUUUUGAUGAAGAUGAUAAAGGCAAUGCAGAAGAAGCUAUAGAGUUGUACACAGAAGCGGUGGAACUCUGUUUGAAAACAGCUACUGAAACUUCAGAAGCAGGCCUCCAGUCAAAACUGAAACAGCUGGCUCGACAAGCACUGGAUAGAGCAGAGGCACUGAAGGAAUCUGUGUCAAAGUCAUCUCAGAAGGAGAAGUCAACUGCAGCUAAACCAAAUCAGCCAGUCAGAACAUUCUUUCCAUUGGGACCUGAUUUUUCUUUAAAUGAUAAGCCACAGACAAUCAGAGCAGUACAAGCUAGUGAACCUCAAGGUCAGAGGUACACUGCAGAGGAGAUUGAAGUACUCAGGAAGACUUCAAAAAUUAAUGGCAUUGAAUAUGUACCUUUCAUGAGCGUUGAUCUGAGGGAACGUUUUGCUUUCCCUAUGCCAUUUUCUGAUAGAUGUGGGAAGUUACCAUUAUCCCCCAAACAGAAAGCAAUGUUUGCCAAGUGGGUGCGACCAGAUGACAUAACAAAUAACCCCACGAUGAUUUAUACUGUAUCAAGUUUCAGCAUAAAGCAGACAAUAGUGUCAGAUUGUUCUUUCGUGGCAUCACUAGCUAUCAGUGCAGCAUAUGAAAGAAGAUAUAACAAAAAAUUGAUCACAAGUAUAAUUUACCCUCAGAACAAGAAAGGAGAACCAGAAUAUAAUCCAUGUGGCAAAUACAUGGUGAAGCUUCAUAUCAAUGGUGUACCUAGGAAGGUAAUCAUAGAUGACCAGUUACCUGUUGAUCAUAAUGGGGAACUUCUCUGCUCUUACUCUAACAAUAAGAAUGAAUUAUGGGUAUCGCUAAUAGAAAAGGCUUACAUGAAGGUCAUGGGAGGAUAUGAUUUUCCUGGAUCAAAUUCUAAUAUUGAUCUCCAUGCACUGACUGGUUGGAUACCUGAAAGAAUUGCUAUGCACUCUGACAAUCAAGCUUUCAAUAAAGAUAGUACUUUCAGAAUGCUUUAUCAGAGAUUUCACAAGGGAGAUGUCCUUAUCACAACAGCAACAGGGGUGAUGUCUGAAGAGGAAGGAGAAAAAUGGGGUUUAGUUCCAACCCAUGCAUAUGCAGUCCUGGAUAUAAGAGAAUAUAAGGGACUUCGAUUUCUUCAGUUGAAAAAUCCCUGGAGCCACUUACGUUGGAAGGGACGAUACAGUGAAAAUGACACAAGAAACUGGACCCCAGACUUACAAAAAUACUUGAACUUUGAUCCAAGAACAGCUCAGAAAAUAGACAAUGGCAUUUUCUGGAUUGCCUGGGAGGACCUGUGCCAGUACUAUGAUGUUAUUUAUUUGAGUUGGAACCCAAGUCUUUUUAAAGAAUCUACAUGUAUUCACAGCACUUGGGACGCAAAGCAAGGUCCGGUGAAGGAUGCCUACAGCCUGGCCAAUAAUCCUCAGUACAAGCUAGAGGUCCAGUGUCCACAAGGCGGUGCUGCCGUCUGGGUUCUGCUUAGCAGGCACAUCACAGAUAAGGAUGACUUUGCACACAAUCGGGAAUUCAUUACAAUGGUUGUAUACAAGACUGACGGCAGAAAAGUUUACUAUCCAGCUGAUCCUUCUCCUUAUAUCGAUGGUAUUCGGAUCAACAGUCCUCAUUACCUGACCAAGAUAAAGCUGACCUCUCCAGGGUCCCAUACGUUUACCUUGGUGGUGUCCCAGUAUGAGAAACAAAACACUAUCCAUUACACCAUCAGGGUGUAUUCCUUGUGCAAGUUCACCUUUUCCAAGAUUCCUACACCUUACACCGUUUCCAAACGGGUUAAUGGACAGUGGAAAGGUCAUAGUGCUGGAGGAUGUGGAAAUUUCAGAGACAGCUACAAAAAUAACCCCAUUUAUCAGUUCCAGCUGGACAAGAAUGGGCCAUUACUAAUUGAACUACGGGGACCGAGGCAAUACAGCGUUGGUUUUGAACUCGUCACGGUCUCGACAGUAGGAGAUCCUGGCUCCCAUGGCUUUCAGAAAAAGAGCAGUGGUGACUACAGGUGUGGAUUUUGCUACUUGGAAGUGGAGAACAUCUUUGCUGGAGUUUACAACAUUAUCCCCACCACAUUCCUGCCUCAGCAAGAGGGUCCUUUUUUCUUAGAUUUUAACAGUGCUACUCCUCUUAAGGUAUCACAGCUGCAGUGAGGAGACAGAUCUGUGCAUUACCGUUUAAGGAGGUGGUUUUGAUCUGUCCUACAGUCUGAGAACAGGUGAAUAACUCUUACUACACGCGUAUAAGAAAAUUACAUUCUAAGUGAUAGCCAAAAGCAUGGAAUCACCGAUUGGCCAGUUAAUUGUGGUAGACAGUUAGCUGUGGUUUUUGCUGCUAUGGUAUUGGAGCAAGCACUGUUCAACAGGCUUGUGAACGGGCUAAAAUGCUUAUAUUCAAAUGAACUGGCAGAACUCAAUUUAUCGCAAUUUUUUCCACACUUCAAAUUGAGGUCUAGUGAGUCAAGAGAAAAAAUAACAUUGAAAUUCUCUUCUCCCAAAAUACAGGGUAUAUGGGUUUAAGAUUUUAUUCUUAAAAGUAAACAUAUAAGAAAAAAUAUUCUUGUGUAUUCUGCUUAUUCAGUCUCAGGACCAAAUAGCUCUUACUACAUAUUUGUGCUGCUAUCUUGAAUGUUUUCCACGUUGAACUAGUUCUCGCAUCGAAGUGAAAAUUUACUGCUGCUGAGCAUGUACUAUUACUGACUAACAUGCUCAGCUUAUCUAGAAUAUGUACAUAGGAGUAAAGGAAAAGGAAGAUUCCCACUUUAGCUAUUUCUAAAAGAAAAGCAACGGCUUCACUCGUGUUACAUGUACUUUGAGAGCUGUUAUUCCUAUCUGUAUUACUUUAUACAUAAUAUUACAGCACAAGGUACUCUGUGGCUUUCUUCCUACUAGCUGCAAGACCUAGCUUGAUCCAGAUCAGCAGGAAAAUCGGGAGGUUAGCCAGCAACAGCAUACAGACAGUGCACAGCACACCCUUCAGUUAGUUAGCAGGUGUGAAAGGCUUUCAUCUAAAGCUGCACUGUAAGAUUCUCUGUAUCUACUGAGGUAGUCUCAUUUGCUGGUGCGAGGAGGUAGGGAACUACCCACCGUCAGCAUCCCAGCAAAGAAACGUUUUAUCCUUGACAUUUUUAUAAGUAUUCAGCUUGUAGGGGAAGGAUCAUUUAAACCUCUCCCCCUAAUAAACCACAGCCGCAAGAAAUGCACUUGCUCAUCCCAUUAUACAAGACAUCCUUUAACAGGUACCUUUUUCUUCUGAGUUGAAACCAGUGAGUGAAUUGAGCGCUUGGCCAGUGCCAUCAAUAGGAGUAGGGUCAGAGUUCUUAAGAAAAUAGUGGAAGUGACACUUCACAAAUAAGGUUUUUUUUAGAAGCCUACUAUCUGUGCUCUUCCUCCAGAAGACCUAUAUACAUUGUAUCUGAAGAGGAUUAAAGAUAACUAAGUUUUUCAUUUAAAUACUAACUGCCUCACUGAUCCUAAAAUGCAUUGGUUUUUGUCUUUUUACAAACGGCAGACUUAAAAUUCCACAGUAUUUGACAGUUGGGGGAGAGGGUGUUUUUAAAACAAGCCAUAGGAGGUUCUUUGCCAUUCAGGUUGGUUUGGCAGUUUUCCAAGCAAAAAGAUAGCAUUUAAAUCUUAUUUUAGAGCACAGGUGCCAUUUGGUCAUUGGGAAACUGAGCACACAUGCUACAGGAGUACCAGAAAUAUUAUCUGUGGGCUAAAAUUGUUCCCACAGAAGUCUGCUAUUAGCCCUCUCCAGAAAGUACAAGAUCCCUUUUGUUUCAUUUCCUUCAUCAGACAGCUGCUUAACAAAUGUCUAGCUUUAAAAGGGCAUUGAAAACACACGCCUUUCUGACUGCAGUUCCCUCAAAGACCAUCUGGGCUAGGAAAUUUGUGACAAGUUUGUCACAGUGUGACUUACCUUCUUUUGCAGGGAAGCUUCUGAUGAUUAUUGCAACAAAUCAACACAGGAACAGCAUGGGCUCAAGCUGAGCAAAAAACAAGUUAGGUUCUUUGUGGUUAUCCUCGGCCUUGGGGAAUAUGUGCCAAGGACCGCUUCAUCCCUACAAAAUUAAAAUUUCAUUCAACUCACAUUUUCCCUACAAAUCUGUGUUAUGUUUUUAGCCCAGGCUAAACCAGAGUGGCAGUGGAGUCUUGCAUAUAUUUUAUCACCUGUGAAGUUAGAGGUAGUUAGGAAGUCUCAACUGAGUAUAUUUUUGACAGUACAAAAGGCAGAUGCCAGAACUGCCAGCUUUUAGUACCAAGUUCUUGCACAUCCUCGGCUGUUUGAGAUCAAGCUGGUAGACUUCCCUACAGUAAAAUCUGUAGUUGGUUUCCACUCUGCAGGAAGGUUUUCUCUUUCUCCCCACCCUCCAGCCCAAGCACAAGCUAGUGCCAAAAGCUUAUGCUGGAUGAAACAAGCGCCAGGCUCAACGUCUAUACUGUACUGAACUAAAAGCAAGGAAUACUGGACAAAGGCAUUAAGGACAAAGGAUCCUGUCUCCACCAGGAUACACUCACACUACUCACACAUACAGCACAGUCAGUGGAUUGGGCUCAUCCCCAUAACUGCACAGGAUUUAAGCUUAGUAUCAGUGUCCUUUAUAAGGCAAGUCCUAUUCAAACAUUGCACCUACAUAGGCUACUAGAAUACCAUCGCUGUACAUUUCCCUUCACACGUUCAGGUGGAAUAUUUAAAAGAAAAUACAGAAUCUUCUUAAAAAUAAGUCUGCAGAUUCUGGUUGUGGCAAAGUAAUUUUACAACAAAAUUUUCUUGCCCUUUUUUCUUAGGAAAAAAAUGUUCAUGUAAGCACUUAAGAUUUGCUUUGAUAUUUUCUGUCAGAUACAUACUUCUAUAUUUUUUCCACAAAUAAAUAUGGAAAAAUUAUUGGAGAGUGAAAUGAUCCUUAGAUUAUAACACAGCCUCAGACCAAUAUGUAGGUUAAGCUUUUUUCCCCGCCUACACCAUUUAGCAUUAUUGAUGCAUAGGACAGAGAAUACUAGAUGCUGAUGUAAGCACAGAAAUGUCAUGCAGCAAGACUUUCAGAAGACCCAUGUGUGCAAAAACUGAAAUAUCUGCACAACAGCUCGGACUGUAACAAAGGUACAUCGGUCAUGUUACUUGAGUUCCAGUUAGACAGUCCUGUCUAAGUCUUCUCUGCCUGUAAACAUGCAAUUCAAGCUUUUAAACAUUAAAAUACAAAGCCUCAUAAAAUAUACCACCAAGCAUCCUGCACUCCUAAGUCGCUUGUCACACACCGUACAGUUCUGAACUACCACCUGAGCUACAGCAUGAGGGGGAUAACUGACAAAGCGAAAGCCAGUUGCUGUAAGGGGCUUUAAGAGGAUUUCCACUUUCUUUGAUUCACUAAGGGAAGACUACUGCAAAGAAAUGAUUUUUAAUUCUCUAUCAUCAGUGGUGCAGAGGGCUAACUGGAGAUAGCCUCUUCAGAAGUUUUGACAUUCCCCCUACUUACAGACUGCAAAGCCUUUUCUGUGUAUUUUUUUUUUUUUUAAAUCCUACCUUAAAGCUCCAUACAAGACCCCAUAAUGCUGCUGUUUGUAGCUCAGGGUGAGACACCCCACAGACAAACACACACACACAGAGCCCCCAGUUUGUUUUGUUAGGAAGACACAGGUUAGUCCUUGGUUAAUCGGAUCGAUCCAUCAGUUCUCAAGGACUCAGUGAGCGGUAGUGCAUGGAUGAGUGGUAUCAACAGCUUCUAUCCCAUCUGCCCCGUGAGCCUGAGGUUCAGUCCUAGUUUCCUGAUGCAAGUUUCAUGUAACUAUUUUGUACAGUAAUUAUGCACUUGACCACACAAUCUAUGCGGUGUUUGAACAGCCAGCUAUUUAGAAUUAAGUUUGUGUACAUAUGGUAGAGAUUUUCAUCGCUUUGUCAAAAAGGACAUUUAAAUUGUUUGGUAAUACCAAAGAGGAGUAGAAUUCCUAGGUUAACAAUUGCUUUAUACAUUCUCACUUCAGGGCAGCUGAAGUGAUCACAUAUACUUUGAUACACCAGAGGCUUAUUUUUAUACCCAUGAAGGCAGCUAGCAUCAUGUUACACUUCAGAAUGCAGAAAGAGCUCCUACUGGAGAAAGCUUGUUCAUUUGCCUGUACUCCGUAGUGAUGUAUGUUCAUUUAAGUUUGUCAUAUUUAUAAUUAUGGCUUUUAUGAAGUUUAAAAUAAAUUAAUGGAAACCUCAUUUUAUUAGACACGCAGUUCUGCCUGUUUGCUUGCACAUUUGAAGUGUGAUUUACCUGCCAAGUCCGGGGGGUCGCCGAAGGAAGGCGGCUGCAGCAAGAUCUUUAAA